ACACAAGGGAAUUUGGGGCCAGCUGUGGUGGCCCAUACCUGAAUUUUCACUGCUUAGAAGCUCAGGAAGAGGCCAAGAUCAAGGUAAACUUGGAUAAAACAAGAAUGUAUCUUUUUAAAAAUCAUAAAAGCCAGGUGUAUUAGUUUAUGGCUUUAGUCCCAGCACUCAGGGGCAGACACAGGGAGACUCUAUGAGUUUCAGGCCAGACAGGCUACAGUGAGACCUUAUCUCAACAAUGGCAAAAGUGAAGAGCUGCAAUGUGGUUGUGGAGCUAGGUCCUAGUCUUCAAGUUUAAGGACAAGGCCUGGAAAGCCACAGGAAUGGCCUCUGUCCCUUGCUAUGGUUUCUCCGACUCCAUGGCUUCAGCCAUUGCCUGCUCUGCAUUCCUAGGCAGAGAACGGUGCUGUAGGAGCCACUGUCUGCCUGGCUCCAGAGUCAGGAGAGGUCAAUUGCCAAGGACAACUGUGUCUGCAGACUGAGGGUUCCCACAGGAGUCCCAUGGCUCAUGUCUGGUCAUCUACUGCACAGUGACCAGUGCUCUGAGUCAUGGUCCAAUCUACAUCCUCCUCAGCCCUUUUCAGAACCAUCCCUGACUUGUGUUGGUCAGGACUAUUUCAUACCAACUCUGGUAUUUUUCUCACUGUGCAGCUGUAUUCAUCAGGACUGGUGGAGUGUGAGGCCCAUGAUCCACUUAAUAUAGCUAAAAAUUUUGAUGUAAGUUCAGUACUUGAAAAGAUCUGGAACGGAAGCACGUCGAAAUGCUCAUUUUGUAAUAACGAGGGAGCCAUCGUGGGGUGUGAUGAAACUUCCUGUGCCAAGAAUUACCACUUACUCUGUGCCAAGGAGGACCACGCAAUUCUACAAGUUGGAGUCAAAAGAACUUACAAAAUAUUUUGCCCAGAACAUCCUCCACAGCAAGAAGAGACCACUGAACGUGGUAAGUGUCUAAAGUGAGUUUGAAGAAAGCUCACUACUUAAGUAAAACCUGAGAUAAUCUAAUCUCUUCUCAUUUGU